UGUUCUACCAGACGUUAUACAAGAUGCUCACGGAGAUAGUAGUCACCCUUGUCGCACUCCUUGCUGGAUUCCUCUGGCAUCUCAAGCGGCACUUCAGUGUGUUCAAGCGUCUAGGAAUCCCUGGGCCUGAACCAUCCAUCAUCUCUGGUAAUCUGAUAGAAAUCAUGAAGAAAGGCCAGUUCCAGGCUACCGUUGACUGGAGUAAGAAGUAUGGGCGAGUCUUUGGUUACUUCGAGGGCUAUACUCCGGUCAUGUCCGUCAGUGACCCCGACCUCCUCAAGCACAUUCUUGUGAAGGACUUCAAGAACUUCCAGUGCCGCAAACAAUUCCCCCUGGCACCAAGGAAGAGUCUUGGGCUGUUCCUGGAGAACGGACUGCAGUGGAAACGGAGUCGGAACCUCCUGACACCUGCAUUCAGCUCUGGGAAAAUGAAGCAGAUGUUUUCCACCAUGGCGGAUACGGCUGAUAUUCUGAUUGAUAACUUGGACAGGAAGGCAGCAUCCGGGGACUCAUUUGAUAUCUACAGUACCUUCCAAUGUCUGACCCUUGACGUCAUUGGCAGGUGCGCCUUUGGACUCCGCACUGACGCCCAGACCGACCCCAACGACCCUUUCCUCAACAACAUUAGGACGCUGUUCAACACUCUCUCAAAGACACUAAUCCUGCCCUUAGUCAUGUUUCUGCCGUUUCUCUCUCACGUGGUAUUCUUCAUCAAGAACCUCGUGGUCAUCUUUGGUAUGAAUCCCGUAGUCUGGCUGCGCGAGCAGAUGAAGGAAGUUAUCACCAUCAGAAAAGAAAUGGGGGAAAACAGUCGCAUAGUGGACCUGGUCCAGAUGAUGUUGUUUCCACAGAAGGCCCGUGGUAACGAGAAGGAUCCCCUGAAGAAAGCAAUGACUGACAGAGAGGUGGUGGCACAGAGCAUGACCUUCCUCCUGGCGGGCUACGAGACGACCAGCACAGUGUUGGCCUUCUUCAGUCACGUACUCGCUCUACACCCGGAAGUCCACAAGAAACUCAGCAAGGAGAUCGAACAGAAAGUGGGACAGCGUGACGUCACAUAUGACUCCGUCAAGAACUUGGUUUACUUCGAUAAGGUGUUCGACGAAGUCUGUCGCCUCUACCCCACUGCUUCAUUGAUUGUGACGAGAAAGGCAUCUGAAACAAAAACGUACAAUGGCGUCACCAUCCCUGCUGAUAUGAACAUCCAGGCCAACGUCUGGGCUCUCCACCACGACGAGGAAUUCUGGGAAAGUCCUGAAACGUUUGACCCGGAACGAUUCUCCCAAGAAAAGAAAAGCGGCGCCGCUGGUUACACGUUCCUUCCGUUUGGAGCAGGGCCACGUGCUUGUAUCGGGAUUAGGUUUGCCAUUCUGGAGGCUAAGAUUACCAUGGCUAAAAUUUUACAAAAGUUUACCAUACAGAAAGCAGAAGACACAAAACUCCACCUUCAGUUAGAAGCCAGGGGUGCCAUUGUUCCUAAGGAAGAGGUGAAGGUCAUACUGAUGAGGAAGUCACGUGACGCUGCGACCAGACGACGCGGUUGAGACUCAUGAUGCUUCUUUGCAAGAGCAGCGAUGUAAUGUCAUGCCCACGUGACAUAUCCACCAUCCACUCUCAGAGGCCAAUCUGGGUUUCCGAUCUAGGAGGCCCGUCUAGAGAGGUCCGUCUAGGACUCCCGUCUAGGAAGGCCCGUCAGAGCUUGACAUGAGAGAGGAAACUGAAGUUCAUCACUAGCCCAGUCUGACACUACAAGAACACCGCGAUCUGCCUUAAAACAGAUCACGAUUAUUUGAUCAAAACGUUUGUAUGAACUGCAUGUAUAAAACUUAUACAUGUUCUGCUGUUUCUUGAGUUUGGUCGAUCUCAGCGGCAAGUGAAAAUUACCUGUUUGUGUAUGUUUGACUGUAGGUGUAGUGUAUGUCCGCCAUAGCAACAGUAAACAGUUGAAUCUCUCAUUCAGUGUUUAUCUUGUAUUGUUGUUAAGUGCCUUGAUGGAAUGAAUAAAUGCUGUAUUGUUUUUA